AUGGAGCCUCAUUUUGAUGAAAUCAACAACAGACCCGUCCACUCUGAUGACUUGGAGGAAGACGGUUCUCCGUUGGAUUCUUUCAAAACCGGUGUUCACAUUGCUAGCCAUUCUCAACAAGCCCAUGGUCAUCAUGGUUACAACUUGAAUCCAAACAUACUUUCCCCCAAUAGAGAGUCGUUUGACAUUGACUUGAUCAUGGCUCCUAAGAGACACUCAUCUUCCAGAUUCGAACCAACCGACCAUGAAGAAAUCGUCAAAUUGCCUAGCUUCAAUGAAGUACUCCCUGAGGAACAAAUUCCAUUGUUCAUUCGAAAAAUUGACCAGUGUAACGUAUUAUUUGACUUUAGUGAUCCAACCUACGAUAUUAGAGGCAAGGAAAUCAAAAGAGCUACCUUACAGGAGUUAAUUCAAUUCAUCCUGUCAAACAGGUUUACUUACACCGAGGAAAUGUAUAAGCAUGUCAUAAACAUGUAUAAAACCAAUUUGUUUAGACCCAUUCCUCCUCCUGCGAAUCCUGUGGGAGAUUUAUAUGAUCCUGAUGAAGAUGAACUGGUGGAUGAAUUAAGCUGGCCACACAUGCAAGCUAUCUAUGAGUUCUUUUUGCGAUUCAUUGAAAGUCCUGAUUUUGCUCACCAAAUCGCCAAACACUAUAUCGACCAUGAUUUCAUCUUGAAGUUGUUGGAAUUAUUUGAUAGUGAAGAUUCAAGGGAAAGAGAUUGCUUGAAAACCACUUUGCAUAGAAUUUAUGGCAAAUUCUUAAGUUUAAGAAGUUUCAUCAGAAAGUCCAUUAACAAUGUGUUUCUUCAAUUUGUGUAUGAAACUGAGAGAUUCAACGGAAUUGGAGAAUUAUUGGAAAUUUUGGGCUCCAUUAUCAAUGGAUUUGCAUUACCUUUGAAGGAUGAGCAUAAGAUCUUUUUGAUCCGGGUAUUGAUGCCACUACAUAAAGUUAAGAGCUUGUCGAUGUAUCAUCCACAAUUGGCAUACUGUAUUGUUCAGUUUUUGGAGAAAGACCCCCUCCUCACCGAAGACGUGAUAAUGUCAUUACUUAGGUUCUGGCCCAAGAUCAACUCUCAAAAAGAAGUGAUGUUCUUGAAUGAAAUUGAAGACAUAUUUGAAGUAAUGGAACCCAGCGAGUUUUUGAAGAUUCAAAUUCCCUUGUUUGCUCAACUCUCAAAGUGUAUUUCAUCAUCACAUUUCCAAGUCAGUGAAAAAGUGUUGAUGUUCUGGUCCAAUGAGUACUUUUUAACGUUGAUAACCGAGAAUGCAGAAGUGAUAUUGCCUAUUAUCUUUGCAUCCCUCUACGAAUUAACCAAUGCUACUCAACCUAGUGUCAGCAAUGGAGUUAUGAAACAAAAACUUGCAGAAAAUCCUGGAGCUGUCACCGAUGCCAACAGAAACUUGAUUGACCCGGGAUUGAACAUCAACAAUGACGGUAUCAAUGGUAUGAAUGAUAUGACUGAUGAUGAAUACUAUGAUUCAUUCAGUAAUGCCCAUCAUGAUCUUGAUUAUAACAGCGGAUUACCCCCCCAUAACUCUGCCACCACCAACUGGAAUCGUAGUAUCCAUCAGCUUGUGUUUGGUGCUUUGAAAGUGUUUAUGGACCACAAUGUCAUUUUGUACGACCACUGUACUAUGCUUUACCACCAAUCUUUGGAAGAACAAAGAGUUAGAGAAGCCGCUAGAAAAGACGGUUGGAACAAAAUCGAAGAGUACGUGUCAAAGUUGAAACAGCAAAAGGGUCUGGAUAACUUCACCUCAAGAAAUGGUGAAAAGGUUGCUGGUCAAUAGUUCUAAUGAGGAUAUUAUAUAUGAGCAUUUCUCACAAACUGUUUAGAAAAAUGGAACUACUUCACAAAUUUUUCACCACUCACCACUCUUUUUUUUGCAUUAUCCUAUUAUUGUGUCACCAGUAUGUAUCUGAUAUAUGAUGAUCCUUGCUAGCCGUUGGGACAUGUUCCCGAUGGUCUUGAUGUCUAAUGAAGAAUUACUCAAGAACCGCUACACUGAUAUUUCGAUGCAUAUCAUACUAACAUCCAUACCGAUCCUGAAUACAAAAAUUUCAACUCUAUACGGAUGUAUCUAUAUGUUCCAAUCCUUAGUUCACCCCCAGAUUGUUUGUGGGACAGCUGAAGCUUCGGGCCUGUUUUGACGAUAUGGCCCUAAACUCGGAGUCUCCGACGGAACAGGCUGGCAUUUAUCCUAAAACGUCAUUUUACUCACUCUAUAUGUGCCAACGGGGGUGAAAAUCCACCCGAUCUUGUAGACUUAGCCACGGAGACCCUUUGGAGGCCGAUGGUAACUGUAGCAAGUAUGCGCCGAUAAGCAUGGUGUAGAUACCAUAGGAUGAAAAAUUUUCAAGUGACACAAAACCCGCAUCAUCUCAAUCAGUCCGCGAUGAUGUAUAAAUACAGAGGCACAUCCCAGAAAUUGAGGUUCUCUUUUUUCUUUUCUGGCAAAGGUUGCCCUGAUUUUAUAUCAUAAAGUAGAAAUCGUAACCUCUUUAACUAUCCUAAACAAAAAAAUGACCGUGUUGGACGCAAGCAAAGCUACUGAAUAUUUGAAGGAUUACAAAUCAAAAGAUGGCUUGGACAUCAAAUCUUUGAUUGACUCUGCCAAUUUUGGUGGUUUGACUUACAAUGAUUUUUUGAUUUUGCCAAGGUUGAUUGACUUCCCAGCUUCCAACGUUAACUUGGAAACCAAAUUGACCAAGAAGAUCUCCUUGAAAUCCCCACUUUUGUCUGCUCCUAUGGAUACCGUCACUGAAGAACAAAUGGCUAUUCAUAUGUCAUUGUUGGGUGGUAUUGGUAUUCUUCAUCACAACUGUACUGCUGAUGAUCAAGCUGAAAUGGUCAAGAAGGUCAAGAAGUACGAAAACGGUUUCAUCAACGAUCCAGUGGUUAUUGCUCCAGAAGUUACGGUUGGAGAAGUCAAGAAGUUGAAGGAAGUUUUGGGAUUCACCACUUUCCCAGUUACUGAAAAUGGUCAAGUUGGUGGAAAAUUGGUUGGUAUUAUUACCUCCAGAGAUGUACAAUUCCACGAUGAUGACAAGUCUACUGUCAAGGAAGUUAUGACCAAGGCUGCUGACUUGAUCACAGGAAAGAAGGGUAUUAAGUUGGACGAAGGUAAUGCUUUGUUGAGAAAGUCUAAGAAGGGUAAGUUGCCAAUUGUUGAUGAAGAAGGUAACUUUGUAUCUUUGAUCUCUUUGACCGAUUUGCAAAAAAACCAGUCUUACCCAUUGGCUUCUAAAUCUUACCACUCCAAGCAAUUGUUGUGUGGUGCUUCUAUUGGUACUCUUCAAGCCGACAGAGAAAGAUUGGCCAAGUUGGUUGAUGCUGGUGUCGAUGUUGUCGUUAUUGACUCUUCCAACGGUUCUUCUCUUUUCCAAAUUGAGAUGUUGAAGUACAUCAAGGAAACUUACCCUGAAUUACAAGUUGUUGCUGGUAAUGUUGUUACCAGAGAACAAGCCGCUUUGUUGAUUGAAGCUGGUGCCGAUGCCUUGAAGAUUGGUAUGGGUUCUGGUUCUAUUUGUAUCACCCAAGAAGUUAUGGCUUGUGGUAGACCUCAAGGUACUGCUGUUUAUGCUGUCAGUGAAUUCGCCAACAAAUUUGGUAUUCCAACUAUUGCUGAUGGUGGUAUUGGAAACAUUGGUCACAUUUCCAAGGCUUUGGCUUUGGGUGCUUCAUGUGUUAUGAUGGGAGGUUUGUUAGCUGGUACCUCCGAAACUCCUGGGGAAUACUUCUACAGGGAUGGAAAGAGAUUGAAGUCUUACAGAGGUAUGGGAUCUAUUGCUGCUAUGCAACAAACUUCUUCCAAUGCCAAUGCUUCGACUUCUCGUUACUUCUCCGAAGCCGACAAGGUUUUGGUUGCUCAAGGUGUCUCUGGUUCUGUGGUUGAUAAGGGAUCUAUUUCCAAGUUCAUUCCUUACUUGUACAAUGGAUUACAACACUCUUUACAAGACAUUGGUAUUCAAUCCAUUGGUGAGUUAAGAGAAAAAGUUUACGAAGGGGAAGUUAGAUUCGAAUUCAGAACUGCUUCUGCUCAAUUGGAAGGUGGUGUCCAUGGAUUGCACUCUUACGAAAAGACUUUGCAUAACUAAUUUAGUUAUUGUCCCAACUUGUUCUAAAAUAAAAACUGAUGCGCAUUUGUAAAUUUU